AUGGAUCAGAAUAAUGAUGGGACUCGUGCACCAAUACCAGGCACUUCCUCUGCUCCUAUACGCAUCAGAAAUUUAGAGGAUUUAAUCAGAGCUCUUGAUGACCAUGCUGCAACAGCUGAAGAUGCACCAAAUUCUUCAGAUGAAGAGAGGGGGGAGGAUUUAGCUAAUGUCUUCAAAGGUAUAACAUUUACUGAGACGGAGCUUUUGAUUGAUCCUAUAAAAGUAUUGACUGAUGUUGAAAAGAUAAAAGGCAUACAGCUUGGAGAUGAGUUGCCUGAUGAUGUUGAAGCUGCAUUUGAACUUAUCUUGUCAUACAUUGAUAAUUUAGAUGCUAAUGAUUUCUUCAAAAUUGGGGGACAUGCUGUGUUUCCUGUCUGCUUUGGAAGUGAAAACGAGGAAUUGCGGUGUAGAGCCAGUUGA